UCGUGCGUCUGUCGCUAGGGACGCUCGGCCAAGACAGCUGCAAUGGAUCAGGAAGAGGCGUUGACGGCCGUGGACAGUAUAGUUACUCAGUUCAACACCUAUGAAGACUUCCUCGACUCGCAGAUCACGACCAUGGACUUGUACUACCUGGAGGAUGAAGGUCUGGCACGCCAGCUGGUGGAGCUAGGCUACCGAGGGACUGGAGAGGUAGUGAAAAGGGAAGAUUUUGAAGCAAGGAAAGCAGCUAUAGAAAUUGCAAGGCUGGCUGAAAGAACUCAGAGAAAGUAA